AUGAUUGAUACUACAUCACCUCCUGACGAGAUCACAAAGGGCGCUGUAAAGUGGAUAAAGUAUAUAAAAGGUAAAAAACGAGUCCCCGAAAAAUCCGUUAGUAGUAUUGAUCUGUGGGAUUUUGCUGGACAACAGCUGUACUAUGCAUCUCAUCCUGUAUUUUUAACAUCACGUGCAAUAUAUAUCUUGGUGUGCAACCUCAGCAAAUCAUUGCAUGACACUGCCCAACCCUGUGUGAGACAAGGAAAUCAUAAUUUCACAUUGGACAACCCAAAUGGGGAAACAAAUUUGGAGAAUCUGCUAUCUUGGCUGUCCACAGUGCAUAGCAUCACACAGAUGAGAGGACAAACUCAUCACGAUGCAGAAGGAAAGCUGCCUCAUUUGCGCCCCCCGGUUAUCAUUGUAGGCACCCAUGCUGACAAACCGUUUGAAGACAUUGCAACGAUGAAGUCAAAAAUACAGAAGGCAAUUGCUGGUAAGGACUAUGAAGGACAUGUGGUGCGGCCUUUCUUCUCCAUUGACAACAGUGCAAAAUUAAUUCAGAGAAGGUUGGAAAAGGUUUUCAGAAAAGAUAAAAACAUUGAUGACAUCCAAGAGCUAAGAGACAAAAUCAUGAAAGUGUUAAGACAGGAGCCAUACAUGAAGGAAAGGAUACCUGUGAGGUAAAUAAAGUGAAUAAUAGAACACAGAUGUCUUUUGACGAGAAUUUCUCUGUUAAUUAAGGGUUGAGGUUUGGCAGCAUUAAAACUACAGUGGACCUAUGUACAUAUACACUGUGGGCUUUCUUCCAGUCCAUAUAGCAUUUUGCUUGCAUAUCCAAAGAGGUUUAUGUUUUACCAGUAAAUAGUUGGCUACGUGGUGAUGCAAAAUCAUCGUAUAAGAUACCCAAAGGCUGCCGGCGCAUCGUAAGUCAGUCACUUAGGUGGAAGGGCAGUCUAAAGACUUUGUCAGUAAUAGGAAAAAAUAAACACGUGAAUACUGAAACAAGCGAACGCAGAAAUAUUACAUACGUCACUCAAAAACGUCUUUCUUUAAGCUUCCUAAUAUGUGAUGCAGGCCCUCUCUUUUAACAUGUAACUUAUUCCAAUGCAUUAGUUUACCUAAGAACAAAAGCAAAUGAAAUUUAAACCAAGGAUAAAUAUGAACCACAGAGUCACCCUAUAUGACAACCUUGCUUUACCUUGAAGGAAAUCGACAAAGGAAGGGUCUGAUGGGAGGCGGCUUUCCAGAACAUUUAAUAGGAUCUAUUUAAUAGAAUUGUCAUUCUGAAUAAUAAUUUGGGUAAUAAGCAGCCGUGGGCGCUCAUCAUUUAUAAUAAUCAUAAUAAUAAUUUAUUAUUUGUAAGCCCCAAUAUACCAUUUAAAUAUGAUCUUUCGGGGGUCGUUACUAUAACGGAGCCAAAAGCGUGAUAUAAAAAACUGGUAGAGACAACAUUUUAUUUCCAAACGAAAGGGCGAAAAGUCGCUAAAAAAUAGAAAUCGUCAAGUUUCUCCUCGCUGUUAUGUGGGUGGCUUCUUCUUGUGUAAACCGUGUUGUCGGUGAUUUUUAAACUCUUAACCUUUUUUCAAGAUGUAAUAGAAAAAAGGAAUCACUUUUUGUCCUCCUUGAGGCCAUACACUUUCAGGCUCACUUCUGCUUUGACCAUUUGUACGGCAUGUAAUCUGUAUUUUAUUUAAAAGCAAUGGUUAGUGCUCGAUCUUAUCAUUUUAUUUUAUAGCAUCUCCUUUGCCACCGUUUGUCUCUUUUUUCAUAUUAAUCACGAUUGUCUGCGGUGAAUAAUCGUUGAGAGGUUGGGAAAUGCAUUUGCAUUUGACUGUUAGUAAUGAUCUUCCUUGACACAUGAACAAACAGUUCUCUGUUUUUUUCGCGGGGAGGCUGGGGUAAAGUGGGCUUGCUAUUUUUGGGAUUCCUUAGCAUUAAUUACUUUUUUUUUUAGCAGUACCUUCGGGACUUAUAAGUGGCCAAAUUUUGUGACGUUACAUUCGGGGUCCGUUACUUCCGGAAUUUUACUUUAGGUGGCCACAAUAAAUUACGUGAGCCCUAAUACUUAAAUAGUUACCACUUAAAACGUCAGGACUUGUAGAAUUUAUAUUUGAACCUCUACACAACGGCCACCUUGGGGACAGAUGAUAGUGGCCAUUGUAGAGAGGUUUAAACAAGAGUCAAUGUAUGAACUGUUCGCCAAACAAAAAUGGCCGUUGUAGAGAGGUGGCCGUUAGUGGAGGUUCGACUGUAGUUAACUUCUGUGGUUAUGUUAUAUCUACCUGUUUUAGAUUGCGUGCAAACUUCUGCACAUGAAUCACUUCAAGCCACAAAAACUGCCCGAUGACACGAAUACUGUCAUUCAUCUUUUUAUAAUCUAGGUGGCUGACCUUUGAGAAGGUCCUCAAUGCUUUGCUGUCCAAGAAAGUUUACCAUUUGCACUUGAGGAAACUUCAAACCUAUGUAAGGGACAAGUGCUUUAUAAAUGACGAGGAAGAGUUCACUACCAUGGUGGAUUUCUACCAUGACCUGGGGAUAAUUAUCAAGCAUUGCAGCACAGUCAUUGUGAGCACUGAGUGGUUAAUAGACCUAUUCAAGCAGCUGAUAACCAUUCCACCAUUUGAUGAAACGGUA